ACAUGGUAAGAAUGCUUCGAGGGCUCGUGAUCCUCGCCGCCGCCGUCGUCGCCCUGCAGUGCUGUGAGCUCCCACGCAGGGCGGAUGGCAGGUGCGUCCUGUUCAACUUCGGCGACUCCAACUCCGACACGGGCUCCCUCCCUGCCGCCUACGGCUUCUACCUCGGCCCGCCCGCCGGCCGCCGCUUCUUCAACCGGACCACCGGCCGCUGGUCGGACGGCCGCCUCUACAUCGACUUCAUUGCCGAGAGCCUGGGGAUCAGGUACCUGAGCCCGUACCUGGAGUCGUCGGGUUCCAACUUCGCCGACGGAGUGAACUUCGCGGUGGCCGGGGCGGCGGCGGCGAGCAACCAGAGCGCCAUCCCGUUCACCAUGGCCACGCAGGUGAACCAGUUUUUGCAUUUCAAGAACCGGACCCGGGAGCUCCGGCCGCUGGGGCAGGGCUCGAUGCUCCCGGAGGAGGACUUCCGGGGAGCCGUGUACUCGAUCGACGUCGGGCAGAACGACAUCACGCUCGCCUUCCUUGCGAACCUCACGCUGCCGGAGAUCGUCGCGGACGGCGGCCCGCUCGCCGCGGUCGCCGCCAAGGUCGAGGAGGCCGUCCGGGCGCUGUACGGCAGCGGCGCGCGCAAGUUCUGGGUGUACAACACGGGGCCCAUCGGGUGCCUGCCGCAGACGCUGGCGCUGCGGCAGAGGCCCGGCGACGAGCUCGACCCCGCCGGCUGCCUCGCCCGCUACAACGCCGCCGCCCGGGCGCUCAACGCCGGCCUCGCCGCGGCGUGCCGCCGGCUCGCGGACGAGUACUGCGGGAGCGCGACCGUGGUGUGCACCGACAUGUACGCCGUCAAGUACGACCUGUUCGCCAACCACGACCAGUACGGCAUCGAGCGGCCGCUGAUGGCGUGCUGCGGCCACGGCGGGCCGCCGUACAACUACGUGAACCUCAAGACGUGUGGGCAGCCGACGGCGACGGCGUGCCCGGAGGGGGAGAGGCACGUGAGCUGGGACGGCGUGCACUACACCGAGGACGCCAACGCUAUCGUCGCCUCCAAGAUACUCUCCGGCGACUUCUCCCAGCCGCGCACCAAGCUACAGGCACUGUGCAAAUAAGAACACGACCACUUGUGAUUUUUUUUUUGUUGAAACUCACUUCAAAACUUUAUUUAAACUUCCCAAACUGGGAUCUCAUCUGAGACAACAUGCAAAAUACAGUGAGGUGAUACAUGCAA